GUUUAAAGAGGGAAACUCAACUUUUUUUAUUGUCCGAAAAGUAUUCAAAUAAGGCUGAAAAACGCUGACGCAUUUGUCAGAAACCUGACAACUGCCUUUAAAUCUCUUCACACUCGCCUCUUCGUCUUUCCUCUGUUUUUCUUUUACUCUUUCUCUCUCUAUUGAACAGUAGCGAGCAGAGCAAGAGAUUUUAGUAUCUGUUUGGUUUUGUUGUUAAAGCUUUUUCUUCUUGGGAGGUGGGUUUUUGCUUCUCUGUGUCGCUAGUUUCAAAAGCUGUCUCCUUUUUCUUGGAAUUGAAUAAAGCUUCCCCAAAAAUCCAAUUUUUGUUAUGAAGAUGCAGAGCCCUAAAAUGGAGCAGGAGGAGGUUGAGGAGGAGAGGAUGAGGAAUAAGUGGCCGUGGAUGAAGGCGGCGCAGUUAAUGGAGUUUCGGAUGCAAGCUUUGGUGUAUAGAUACAUAGAGGCUGGUCUCCGUGUGCCUCAUCAUCUCGUGGUGCCUAUUUGGAACAGUCUUGCUCUCUCUUCUUCCUCCAAUUACAACUAUCACUCUUCUUCUCUGUUGAGUAACAAGGGAGUAACCCAUAUCGACACGUUGGAAACUGAACCAACUAGGUGCAGGAGAACAGAUGGGAAGAAAUGGCGCUGUAGCAACACGGUCCUUCUAUUCGAGAAGUACUGUGAACGGCACAUGCAUAGAGGUCGUAAACGUUCAAGAAAGCUUGUGGAAUCUUCUUCUGAGGUUGCUUCAUCAUCAACCAAAUACGACAACACUUAUGGUUUGGAUAGGUAUAACGAGAGUCAGAGUCAUCUUCAUGGGACAAUCUCGGGUUCUAGUAAUGCGCAGGUAGUUACCAUUGCUUCACUGCCUAGUGCCAGAUCCUGUGAAAAUGUCAUUCGUCCGUCUUUAGUGAUCUCUGAAUUCACAAACAAAAGUGUGAGUCACGGCAGAAAGAACAUGGAGAUGAGUUAUGAUGACUUUAUUAAUGAAAAAGAGGCGAGUAUGUGUGUUGGAGUUGUUCCUCUUCAAGGUGAUGAGAGCAAACCUUCGGUUCAAAAGUUCUUCCCUGAGGUAUCUGAUAAAUGCUUAGAAGCUGCAAAAUUCUCAAGCAACAGGAAGAAUGAUAUAAUUGCAAGAAGCAGAGAAUGGAAGAAUAUGAAUGUUAAUGGUGGUUUGUUUCAUGGUAUCCACUUUUCUCCAGACACUGUUCUUCAAGGUAUUUUACCUUUGCAACCUUGGCUUAUCGUCAUUUCAUAGGGAUUUUCAGACAUGACCUUCUGGGUCUUAUAUCUUGCUUCUUCGUUGUAGAACGUGGUUGUUUUCGUUUACAAGGAGUUGAAACAGACAAUGAACCAGGAAGGUGCCGAAGAACAGAUGGGAAGAAGUGGAGAUGCAGCAAAGAUGUUUUGUCUGGUCAGAAGUACUGCGAUAAGCACAUGCAUAGAGGUAUGAAGAAGAAGCAUCCAGUUGAUACUACUAACUCACAUGAGAAUGCCGGGUUUAGCCCGUUAACCGUGGAAACAGCUGUUAGAUCGGUUGUGCCUUGCAAAGAUGGAGAUGACCAGAAGCAUUCUGUUUCAGUCAUGGGAAUUACACUGCCCCGAGUUUCUGAUGAGAAGAGCACUAGCAGUUGCAGUACCGACACUACCAUUACUGACACAGCUUUAAGGGGUGAAGACGACGAUGAGGAGUACUUGUCUUUGUUUUCACCAGGUGUUUAGAAACAUAGAAAUGUUGUCGAGGUUCAAAUGAUGUUUUUAGUUUCAAUCUAAGGAUCUUUCUGUGUUAGAUGUUAGAAGAAGUCAAAUCACAAAAAAAUAUCGAGACACGAAUUUUAGCUAAGAUUAUAUU